AGCGUCCAGCACAAGAAGCAAGCGGACGGAAUGGCGCAUCUCCACCUGCAGGUAGCGGCCGUGGCGGUGCUGGCGGCGCUCGUGGCGGGGGUCUGCGCGCAGGUCGGCCCGGCGCAGAGCUUCGCCCGGCCCGACAGGCUGGACGUGGACAGCGCCAUCAACGACGAGGCUCGCUUCCAGGAGGCCAUGCGCUGCAUCCUGGAAGGCGACGACUACAAGUUCUGCGACCAUCACACUGUCGGCAUCAAAUAUGAUGGCUGGCGGAUGCUGGAACGCGGGUGCAGCGGUCCCUGCACGCCGGACGAGCUGUCGGUGUACAGGUUCCUGGCACACGUGUCCCACAACAAGCCGGAGCAGUGGAAGCAGAUACUGGACAAGUUCGACCCGGACGGCAAGCUCAAGCAGAACAACAGCCAACAGUGGAGGGAGCACGGAAUUAAAGUGUAGUCCCUGCAGUGCGACGCAAGAAAAAAAAAAAAAGAAAUCUGUACUGAACUGUUCCUAUACAAAAAAUAAAUAUUUUUUUAAAGAACAGUGUAUACUUUCCUUAGCAAACAGAGGCAGUGGAAGAUAUACACCGGUAAAAGUUUGUCAUGUGAUUAAAAUCAGUGUUUGUUGAAUGUAAAUUUCGCAAUGAAAGGUCGAUUACAGUUUUAACUGACGCUCUCUGUCGUGGCCUAUCGAAUGAAGGAGGUUGAUAGUAAAUUAGAAUGAAAUAUAAGCUCUACUGGCAAACAAGUGACAGGUUGUAUCUUAUCACAGUGUAAUUCACUUUUAUGUUUUAUUUCUGUCAGGUCUUUCUCGACCACGUAUCAGUACAUCAAAUAGAUAAAGGAAACCACUUACCAGUUCAACUGCAAAUAUAUGUUUGGGAAUUAUAUCAUUACUUUGACUGAAUUCUAAUAAACCAUAGACUGCA